AUGGUCACCACAACAGAUGUCUACAUGGCAGAGUUGGUGGUGGAGAGUAACAUCACGCUGGAGGCCCAGACGGUCCUGUCCAUUCUCAGCUCAACAGUCGCCAUCCAAGUGAACGGCAGCAAAGGAGAUGUCUACAGUGUGAACCUGGCAAGCAGCGAGUUGAUGGCAGAGUGUCUUCUUAUUGGCGAUGAGUCCUCCUGUAACUGCUCCACCGGCUACGUUUGGAGUAACACCGUGUGCUACAACUACAACUGCUGCCGUGAGACGGAGUGCACGGCCAACGUUUCCCACAUCGUUCCGCUCUGCAUCGCCAAAGUCACAAGAUUAGUGAGGGUGGAGAAACCCAGCUCUGCAGUGUGCUACCAGUCUGAGCCUGAGCUGAAAUGUUUCCUGAAUGAGACGGUGGACGACACCAGCUGGAGUCUGAGUCGACCCAACGAGUACUUCAAGCUCAAUGACGGCAGCGUGGUGCAGCAGAACCUCAACUGUGCAACACCUGACUACCAGUCCUGUAUUUCUUUAAAACUCAAGAAACUGACGGGCAUCUGGGAAGGAACAUACCAGUGUGAGUUUUUAACUGGGUCCAUCGCCCACACUGCCAGGAUCAGCCUGAAGGUGGCGCUGCUUCCUGACGUGAUCACCCUGAAGAUCGACCCUCUGACGGUGCAGUGUGAUGGAAAUCCUUCUUCCCAGAUUAAAGUUACAGCCUUCAUUCCUAAAAGCUCAGAGAGCUACAAAGUUUGGUGGAGUCUCAACGGUGAUCAGAAAUCUGAGCUGCAGAACAAAACUAAUGGCGAACAGCUGGAAUACACCUUCAAUGCUGACAUCAGCUGCCAGGAAACCUCCGAACCACAAUAUGUCAACAUCACUUUUGAAAACAGGAAGGGACAAACAAAGACCGCAAGAGUGGAUAUUCCAGUAAUCUACGCUGGUAAAGGAUUUUGCGAAGAAGAGGACUUGUGGCCGGUAACCCCAGCAGGUGAUACGGUCCUGAACCAGACGUGUCCUGAAGGCCGGACCGGCUACAGGUCCCGGACUUGUAGUGAAGGUCGUGUUUGGAUGGAUGUGUUCUCCAACUGUGUCAAUGCACAGCUGAUGAAAGUUGUGAAUGCAGCUGACAACUUCCUGAAGGGGCUGGGAGCGACCCAGGAGGUGGCUCUGAACAUCUUUGAAGGCCUGAAGAACAGCUCUACAGUUGAUCCUGAUUCCAGCAAUAAGGAAGCCGACAUUAGCGCUUCCAUCGGCAUUCUGGAUACGAUGUCCAUGGCUUCAAAGCAAAUUCGCUUGGGAGAAGAAGUCCUACCUGAUUUGGUCGAUGCAGCGAGCAAUAUGUUGAACAACACUUGGAGCGGGGUAAACAAUUCGGUUCGUCAUUCCAUGUCAUCAAAUUACCUCAUGGCCAUGGAAGGUCUGGUGAAGAAUAUCAAUGUCAACAAGAGCAACAGUUUCAUCAGUGAGAACUUAAAUAUCAAAUUCUGCACUAUUAAGGACUGUAACAUGUCUUUAUUUGACAUUGGCGUGAUCCUGAACAAAACCACCGGAAUACUGAAGAUCAUGGCUAUGAAGAAUCUCAUGGGUAAAUUGAAAAACACCUUCCAUGAAACAGAGCACACAGACCUUUUGUUGUCAGCCACGCUGAAUAACAACAACGAUUCAGAUUUAGAAAUUCAACUGGACUUCCCAUUUAAGAAAGAAAAGUCAAACAGAAAGUUUCACUGUGUCUUCUGGGAUGUCAAGAAGAGUGACUGGUCAGAUGAAGGAUGCUUUUUCCGCUCUAGUGAUGGUGAAAACAUUCGGUGUGAGUGCCACCACCUGACGGCGUUCUCUGUCCUCAUGGCCAAAGGCGACAUUUCCACGGAGACCCUGGACACCAUCACCACUGUGGGCCUCAGUGUGUCCGUCUUCUCCUUGUUGCUCUUUCUGGCCAUUGAGUUUCUAGUGUGGUCGGCCGUGGUCAAAAGCAACCUCUCACAUUUCCGUCACACAGCUAUAGUGAACAUCGCUGUCUUCCUUUUGCUUGCUGAUUGCAGUUUCCUGGCUUCCACCUCUCCUGAGUCUCUCUCUGACACCACGUGCUUUGUUUUGACUGUUUGUAAGCACUUGUUUUACUUGGCGAUGUUCACCUGGAUGCUGUGCAUGAGUGUCAUGCUUGUCCACCAACUCAUCUUCGUAUUCAACCCACUGAGGAAGCGAGUCUUCAUGUUCCUCUCCAGCAUCUUGGGCUACGUUGUCCCAAUCCUAAUUGUUGGGUCCAGCUAUAUCUAUUGCAAAUACACCUACAGAGCCUACUAUGACAAGAAAACAUGCUGGCUAGUUUUUGAAAGACUCUUAGAGGGCUCCAUGCACGCUUUCCUCAUCCCAGUGGGAACCAUCAUGAUGACGAAUCUCUUCUCUAUGGUGGUCGUCAUAGUUACUCUGGUGAAGUCCUCGGUUCAAGACAGCAGCAAGACUGAAGACAAGGACACGGCCAAAGGCAUCCUGAAGGUCGUGCUCAUUCUAACGCCCAUCUUUGGAGUAACGUGGAUUAUCGGCUUCUUUCUGCUCAUGUUGGAGCCUGAUAACCCCAUGUUUGAGGUGGCUAACUACAGUUUCACCAUUCUCAAUUCCUUCCAGGGACUUUUCCUUUUGAUUACAGGAUGUUUUGCAGAGCAGAAGGUCAGAGAAGAAUUCAUAAAGAUCUUAACAGGAAAAUCCAGAGGAGGCGACACCUCAAAGAAUUUUACUUCAACUACAAACACAAAAGACAAAUGAAGACACAGACUGUGGAGACGGAAACAGCAGCUCCUGUGUGUGCCGCUCCACACGCAUCUACCAGACGACAUAUCUCAGUUCUUACAGCGGUGGAGGUGGUUGUAGUAAACCCAAGUAAAAUGUUGAUUAGAUCAUUAUCCUGAGUUGAUCCUGACAGCACAUUUAAAUAUAAAUCAUUGUCUUAGUAGUAGAGGCUGAUUUUCCCUCAUUUGUAAUCUAAGUAAAGUGCAGAUAUUCUUUGUGUAGCUUUAAGGAGAUCGACUAUAUAACUUCUAAAAAACGAUCUGAUUAGAUGUUACAGAUUCUGGGCACACGGACUCUAGUGCUCGUUUAUAAAGAAUGAAAUCCAUCUUUAAUAUUCUUUGUUUGGUGUAUUUAUUUAAAGGACAGUCUGUAAAUUUAUACUGUGUGACUUCAACCAUAACCUGCAUACUUCUGCCUGUGUGUGUCUAAAAUAUGUACAAAGCUGGAAUAAAAAUAAACGACAUAAAGCCUG